AUGUCGAGCUUCUCCCGCGAGUGCCGGCUGCGCUUAACCCGCGGGGCGCCGCGGAGCUUCGAGUGCGUGUCGCUGGGGAUGCCCCCGCAGGCGCUGCUGGACCAGCUGGUGGGCGACCUGCAGAGCCACCUGGACGAGAUGGAGCGGCUGCGGGUGGGCUUGCUCGACGCCUACCCGCGCCUCUCGGUUUAUCGGCGCAUCGUGGAAUCCGACGUGGGAGAUUCGUUCUACAUCCGGACCCACUUUGAGUACGAGAAGGAGUCUCCUUACGGGCUGAGCUUCAACAAAGGGGAAGUCUUCCGCGUGGUGGACACCCUGUACAACGGCAAGCUGGGCUCCUGGUUGGCGAUCCGGAUCGGCAAGAAUCACAAGGAAGUGGAAAGAGGCAUCAUCCCCAACAAAAACAGAGCCGAACAGCUGGCCAGUGUCCAGUACACCCUUCCAAAGACCGCCGGGGGGGAUCGGGCGGAUUUCUGGAGAUUCCGAGGUCUGCGCAGCUCCAAGCGAAACCUGAGGAAAAGCCGAGAAGAUCUGUCUGCCCAACCAGUCCAGACCAAGUUCCCUGCCUACGAGAGGGUGGUCCUCCGAGAAGGAAGACCUUUGAGCGCUGGGUACGAGCUGUGGCUGUGGCUUAAUUCCCGCGCCUCGCCCCCUCAUUCUUGGCUCUUCCCUUCCCUUCCCUGUCUUUCUUUAGCUACCAUUAACUUGAAUUCCUUGAAUGACGGAUGGUAUGGAGCCCUCAAGGAAGCGAUUCAACAGCAACAAAAUCAGCUCGUUUGGGUGUCGGAAGGAAAGGCAGAUGGUACUACAAGUGAUGACCUUGAUCUACAUGAUGACCGGCUCUCCUACCUGUCGGCUCCAGGUAGCGAGUACUCCAUGUACAGCACCGACAGCCGGCACACCUCCGACUACGAGGACACGGAUACGGAAGGUGGAGCCUACACAGACCAAGAGCUGGACGAGACACUCAACGACGAGGUUGGGACGCCCCCGGAAUCCGCCAUUACGCGCUCCUCUGAACCCGUGAGGGAAGAAGCGCCGGGGGUCCAUCCAGAGAGCCAAACCUUUCCUCCAUACGGGUCCCAAGGCCAGGCACAGCCAAACCACAGGAUUGAUUCUCCGGGUUUUAAAAACAAUACUGCUCAACCGAAAGCAGAGGCUUCUUCACCCCCCUACCUUUCCCCGUCGCCUGAAACGGGGGGCCCGGCCUCUUCGAUGCCCGCCGCUAACCCCUGCGUAAGCCUCCCCAAUGUCAGGCUGGAGGAAGCGGGAGCACCCCCCUACAACUCGUACCAGCCACAAGCGGGGCCCCUAAGGAUGGCCGGCCCCGAGGCACCCCACAUAGUGCUCAGAGACCCGGAGAUGCCUUCCUUACCGCCGCACCUAGAUUCAACCAAGAUGUACCGGAAAGAGCCCUUCGUCAACGAGGACCUCCCUCGUCAGAACUUUGCCUUGAAGCAGCCAGGACAGAGACAAGAGAAGGACCCGAAUCUGACCUACGAACUGCAGGGUCCCUACCCGGAGAAGCCGGCCAACCGGGAUUACGAGCCCCUGGCGUACCGCUACGACUCCUCCAACUACGUGGACCCGUUCCCCCACGGCUACGACCCUCGCCUGCCCUACGAGGAGCGGGUGCCCCCUUACGAAGACCACUGGAUGUACUACGAGGAGAAGCAGCCCUACCAGCCUCGGACGCCGUACGAGAGCCAGCCGCCCCGGGAUUUCGACCCUCGGGCCAACGCCGAAGAGAGCGCGGCGCGCAGCGGCUACUACGCGGGCCAGCCUCACUUCGAAGACGCGCCUCCCGUGGCCUACGACAGCCGGCCCCACUACGAGCCCGGCCCCAAAGCCUUCAACCUCUCCCAGCUGAGGUACGAGGAGCCGCCUCCCCCUGGCUACGAAGUCCACGGGAGAUACAAGUCGGAGCCCCAGCCGUACUCCGCCACAGUGCCCCGCUCGCCCGAGCCGAAGCAUUACUACGAGUCGCAACCGCGAGGCUACGAGCAAGCGCCCCCGCCGGGCUUCAGCACCAAAGCAGCCCCCUACGAUGCGUCCCUCGGCAGCGGGGGUGCACACCCGGCCCUCCCUCCCCAGGGCAAGCCCGAAGCCAUGCCUUGCAACAGUAAAGCACUGCCCACCCCACCCACCGAGGAGGAGGACGACCCGGCCAUGAAGCCCCAGUCAGUGCUCACCCGGGUGAAGAUGUUUGAGAACAAGCGCUCCUCCUCGUUGGAAAAGAUCAAGGACUCGAACGAUGUCUCGGCGGUGAAGCAUCAUCCGGAACUUGCGCCUAAGCCAAACGUGGCCCCGCUGACCGGCCCCAAAUCAGCCUCUCAAAACCCGAGCGACAAAUCAGCUUACAGGUAAACGCAGGUGGAAGGGGGGGGUGCACACCCUCGGCACACAAGUGUCCCGUGGAAACCCUGGCCGCCACUCUGGUGUCCGCUUCCUUUCGCCAAGAGAGUCCUCCGUGGCUUCUUCCUUUUUAAACGAUCCCAAGCUUAGAUGUAGUCCUCGCUUACUGGCCUUUUGGUCAUUGAGUGAAGCAGUCCUUCAACGAAACUGUGACUUAGGAUCUGGCUUUGGCUUUCCUUCACUCUGCAGACCUGUGGAGAAUCCUAAGCCUAGAGUUGCUUUUUCAUCACGGCCGUAAGCUGCGAAAGGUCAUUAAACAAGGACUACCUUUUCACCCAAAAGUGCUUCCUACUUUUUGCACAAAUCUCGGGAGUUUCUAUAGCACAAUUUGGGGCUAUUUUCCCCUCGUGUGUGAAAGGCGCGAAUGGUUCUCUCUCCCACCCAAAUCCCGCUGUUAAGUUUUUUAUUUUUAUUUCUCAUACGUACAUUGACAAAUACACAAUCUCAUAACUCUCAUUAAUAAUGUGUGUUGUCUUUUAAUAUCUAUAAGAGUUUUUCCUCCUCCUAAAGUUAAAAAUAUAAUCAAGAU